CUAAUCAGACAUAUAUAUGUAGAUUUCAGUGUCUACAUUGUGAAGAAUUUAUACUGUUUACUGCGAUGCUUUACUGUGGGAUUUAGACACAUAUUAAGACUUCACUUAACAGCCAUGUUAAACAGGCCAAAGUCCAGGAAGAGCCAUAUCUACCACACCCACUCUCCUGCAGCAUGUACCUAUAAGUACAUGGAGCUAUAAUAUUCACACUGAAAGCAAACAGUUGCACAAAGCAAACAGAUCGAACCAAGAACCUGUGACAAACUGUAAAAGUAAAUUAAACAAUCAUGACCCCUUUUAAUUUUUCCAGGUAAAGUUGUGUAAAACAGACAGAAACUCUGAAGAGUCAUGGUAGGACCUGAAGAGGUUCAUUUGUAACUGACUAUUUCUGUUCAUUCAAAUUUCCCACUGUUUAAAACAAGGUCUUACUCUUACAGGUCGACAGUUCUGCGUCAGUAUCUAACAGUUAAAUACUGCAGCCAGAGGCCAAGUAUAGUUGCUGAUAACCUCUAACUGUGCUAACUUUUCAACAGACUGAGUGAAGAAUGUCAUUAAAAGCAGAAUAUGAGCAGAGCAGCUGUUCUUGUUAGUCAAGUAGCAAGUAUUUCUCUGAAGCCACCUCAGGCCUCCAAUAUUCAAUACUCUUUGCUGUGUAAUUGUAUAGGGACAUGGUGUGAGUGAACAAAACCAGUUAUAGGGUGCGGUUUCAACUAACAAGCAUUGUUAGGGUUACCUGUCACAGGACAUUUAAAUCAAUAGAACAAGAGGCAGUUACCUCUGGGGCGUACGAGAGGGAAAACAAGCAGGUUUCCUUGAAGACAACAAAGGCGUGUCCCAUCAACUGUUUGUAUUCACGGAAAGGUGGAGCCACGAAGAGCAGCUUAAAGGAUAACUCCACCUGACAGCAGUCAUACACCUGCACCGAUGAGUCUCGGUGAAAGCAUGCAGGGCAUCUAGCUCGCGCUGCCACACAAGGGUUAAACAUCUGGAUCUCUACUGAGACUCGCUGGACCACGAUAACCCUGAGCAGAGAGCUUUUCCUGAAGCACCUUGAUACUGAACUGAGCACUGGUGCAGUAACUGAAAUGCCGCCAGAGCUGACAGAGACCACUAGCAACUCUGUCAAAAUGCUGGCCAUUAUGAAGCAAUGGGAGGAUGGAUCCGGCUGUCAGACAGACAACACUGAGAAGUAUCUGGCACUUCUGCUUUUCAAGUUGGGACUGGACGCGGUGGUUUUUUACCUGUGCUGCCGGAAGCUGCAUGCCUCCUUUCUAAGCCUGUGCAGCAUGUCCCUCCUCCUGGCUGAUGUGUUGGUGGCGUGCUGUAUGGCAGCCGUGUGGUUUUUUGGGGCUGAAAGGUCUCCUGUGUCGGCCUGCCUCUUUUUGGCUCAUACUUCAGCAACAUUUGGAGCACUACCACUACCCAUGAUGUGCCUGGGUUUACUAGACUACUGUAUAGAAGAUACCAACAUUGGCAGGCAGAGCACCUUCUGCAAGUUCCUCAGGAACAUGGUCUUGACAUUGCUGGUGUGGACGCAAGCUGUUAUUUACUCCCUCAGUUCUGUGAAAGCUAAGAUGAUGGAACUGGAUUAUAUGACAGGGAUAAAGGCCGUGGUGUGUGAAGUAGAGGAGUCCACACUGGUCCCGUACUUUAUUUUGGGGAUUUUCACCACAGUAUUUUUUACAAUGCUGCCCUUUUGCUCAAGAAUUACCCAGUGGGUGAAAGAGGCUGACAGGAUAUCUGAAUUGAGGGAAGAGCAAGAGAACCAGGGGAGUGAUUUGUUCAUCUCAGCCCCCUCCACAGAGACAAAGAGCAGCAAGGAGUAUUAUCUGGAGACCACCCAGCCACGACCACCUCUGUGGUUCAGCCUAACUCUGGGCUUCACUACAAUCUGGAUGCCUUAUCUUAUAGUAUCUGUGGCUUGUCUGGUCUUAGGCUACGGAGCACCAGCCUACAUCACUGUUAACCUUCUUUGGUUGGAGUGCACCAACAGUUUACUGGUGGUUGUGGUGCUCUGGUUAAAGAGCAAGUGGCUUGGGCCGUACAGCCAACUACCAGAAAAUGUGUGUUUAUUGCACGUUUACUGGCAUUUGAGCAAAGGAAGGUGGCAGCAGCAGCUCCCUACAGGUGUGUUCAACCCGUCAAAACAGAAGAGAAGCACUCUUCUCUACGUGUAACAGACCUGACAGCCUACACUGAAAAUGAAAACCAUGAUGUGAGGGAGUGAAUUAAGACUUCAUGAGAAUGGCCAAGCCUCUAUGAGCAGUUCACCUAUGUGAAUGCUGUGACAGUCAAAAAGCUGCAGCCCUCCUCUCUCCAUCAGCACAUGCACAAGUUCCCCAGAGCAAAGAAUUAAACAGCAAAACAUUGACAUGAAACUGUGACUGGACUUCUAAAUGUCAUUCUUUGAAGAGUUAAGCAGCAAAGUAAAAACUGGCCAUUACACAAAACUUGUUUUUUUUUUUUGUUUUUUUUUUUUUUACAGAAAUCAACAUAGAUGUUAUAUUUUCUAGAUGAAUUUGUAUUUGUUUGUCAUAAAGCCCUAUAUAAAAACAAAUGUAGACUUCAGGUAUAUGCUAUGAUGCUAUGAUGACUAAAGCUUUAUAUCUAAUUCAUUUUGAUUACCCCAAACAGGUGAGGAUUUCAAAAUGCUUCUCAAUUAAAUAUUCUGAAAUACAGUCCUUCGUUUUUCUUUCACUAAACCUUGGUUGACCAUUAAACCUUUGAUUA